CGAGACGCUCCAAACAAGAAGGUGGCAGUCAUACAGAUGACUGCAGCGUCCUUCUGUUCUCACGAGACUACAUUUUUCUCUAAUCGCGCCGCGCGCCCCUCUUCCUUCCUCUUUCCGCCAUAUUGCAGAACUGGCAUCAUGGUGCGCAUGAACGUUCUCGCCGAUGCGCUGAAAAGCAUCAACAAUGCAGAGAAACGUGGAAAACGCCAGGUUCUCCUCAGGCCCUGCUCUAAAGUCAUAGUGCGCUUUCUUACUGUGAUGAUGAAGCACGGUUACAUUGGCGAAUUUGAGAUCAUUGAUGAUCACAGAGCCGGGAAAAUUGUAGUCAAUCUCACAGGGAGGCUGAACAAGUGUGGCGUCAUCAGCCCACGGUUCGAUGUGCAGUUGAAGGAUCUGGAGAAGUGGCAGAACAACCUUCUUCCAUCCAGACAGUUCGGAUUCAUUGUUUUGACAACCUCAGCUGGCAUCAUGGACCACGAGGAGGCCAGACGAAAACACACAGGAGGCAAAAUCCUUGGGUUCUUUUUCUAAAACAUGUAAAAUCAAAUAAACCGAGUCGAAGACAA